GACAGAAAUCAAUUGCUAAGCCAUCACAGACCCAGCUCAACAAGCACUAGCCCCCACACCCAACCAAAUUAAAAAAAAAAAAAAAAAUGGGAAUCGAAGUGGAGACCUUGAAGACCUUAGCCGGCGGAUGGACAGUCGCCGCCAGGCGUUGCGACUACUGCAAAACGGCAGCUGCUGCUGCGUUUUGCCGAGCUGACUCCGCUUUCCUUUGUCUCAACUGCGACACCAAGAUCCACGCCGCGAAUAAGCUCGUGUCUAGACACGAGCGUGUGUGGAUGUGCGAAGUUUGCGAGCAAGCACCAGCCGCCAUUUCUUGUAAGGCUGACGCUGCCGCUCUCUGCAUCAUCUGCGAUGCAGAUAUUCACUCGGCUAACCCUCUUGCUCGUCGUCACGAACGAGUCCCCGUCGAGCCUUUCUUCGACUCAGCUGAAUCGAUUGUUAAAUCUUCACCGUUUAAUUUUCUAGUGCCCAGUGAUCAAAAUGGUGGAUACCACCAGCAAGAUGAUGAUAUGGAGGGUGUUUCUUGGCUGUUGCCGAAUCCUCCUGACCUGAAUUCGAAAUUAUGCUUCGAAAAUCCUGAAAUGAAGGCCGCCGGAGAUCUUUUUUCCCCUGAAAUGGAUCCGUUUCUUGAUAUGGAGUUUCAUCAGAGCCAUAGCGGUGCUACAGAUAGCGUAGUACCUGUACAAACCAAACCGGCUCCAAUUCCAGUCUUCAACAAGGAAAUCUGCUACGACGUCGAUUUAUGUAGAUCAAAGCUCUCUUCUUUCAACUACCCAUCUCAGUCUCUUAGCCAUAGCGUUUCUUCUUCAUCGCUUGAUGUAGGAGUGGUUCCAGACGGGAACUCUAUGUCCGAUAUAUCGUAUUCUUAUGGCCGAAACACAAGUUCUAGUACCGAUCCAGGCGGUUCUACCCCAAAUCAAGCAACACAAAUAUGUGGGUUUGAUCGGGAAGCAAGGGUAAUGAGGUACAGAGAGAAGAGGAAGAAUCGGAAAUUUGAAAAGACCAUACGCUACGCUUCCCGCAAGGCAUAUGCAGAAACCAGACCCAGAAUCAAAGGCCGGUUCGCGAAACGAACUGAAAUUGAAUCCGACAUGGACCGCCUUUUUGACCAUCCCUCGUCGGUAUCUUUCAUGCCCGAAGCUCAAUACGGCGUCGUUCCGUCUUUUUGAAAAUAAAAAAAUAAAGGAGAAAUGUUUAGGGAUGGUAAUUGUUAAAAUUAUGAUUAGAAAUAGAAUAAUCCUAAGGUGGUGUUAACGAUUGAAUGUUGAUUAGGGAUGCUGGUCGUUGUAAAUUAGUGUCGUUUCUUAGUGAAUUUGCCGCCCAUUCGCGUUUUCUGUCUCGGGGCUUAUUUACUCAUCGUGUUUUUAGUAAAACCCUUUCUUCCUUCAUUUCCAAA